UUGGAAAUUCUCAGUUCAGCUAAGAAAGAUGGGAUCAUUCUGAGAAAUAUGGGAAUAGUUAGAAGGAUAACAGUAAGUUAUGUGGAUGGAGGAUGUCAGGCUAGAGGGAAGUUCUUCGUAAACAUUGAAGAGGACUUGCUUAGUCUUGGUCCAUUAACAUUUCCAUUCAUGAUCCUGAUUCCAAAAGUAGAAAUGUGGUUCUGGAACUUUUGAAAAUGAAAACAUUAUAGAGAAAGAAAUGAGUCAUCAUGAUUACUGGAAUAAUUGCUCUGAACUAAAAUGCAAAAUACUUAUUUUUGGGACCAAUGAGCUUUUCUGCUUUAUCUUUGGAAUCUGGUGGAUUAAAAAAGUGGAUUAGUGAAUGUAAGAGGCGUAAUUAAGCCAUGAGAGACAAAUACAUUCUUAAAAAAAGGUGUAUUGCAGUAGUGUAGUCAUUAAUCUGGCUUAGAAAGGCCUCAUGUAUAAUUACAGUAGGCCAUGAUCAAGUAAGAUGAAAUCAAAUUUGAGGAGAUCUAGACAAGAACUACAAGAAUGAGGAAGUACAUCAAUAUUUUAUUUUAUGACAGAAAACUUCGAUUUAUUUAGCUAUAAUAUGGCAAGCUUAGGGACAGUUGUACAAUUUGCUGGGUGAAUAAUUGGCUGGAUGGUCAGGCUCAGAGAGUCAUACUGAACUGAGCUAAAUCCAGCUGGCAGCUGGUCACCAUUGGUUUUCCCCAGGGCUUGGUACUGACAUUAGUUUUGUUUAACAUUUUUGUUAAUGAUCUGGUGCCUGGAAGUGGUUGUUUCAUUGUCCACUGGUGAGACUACAGCUAAAAUACUGUAUUCACAUUUGGGCCCCUCAGUGCCAGAAGUACAUUGAGUUGCUCAAGCAUGUGCAGAGAAGGGCAAUGAAGCUGGUGAAGGGACCAGAAAAAAGCUGUUAAGAGGAGUAGCUGUGGGAGCUGAGGUGGUUUAGUCUGGAGAAAAAGAGGUUGAAAGGAGACCUAAUCACUCUCUACAACUAUGUGAAAAGAGGUUAUAGCAAGGAAAAUGUUGGUCUCUUUUCUCAAAUGACAAGUGUCGAGAUGUGAGGAAAUGGCCUCAAGAUGUGACAGGGGAGGUUUAGCUUGGAUAUCAGGCAGAAUUUCUCCAUGUGGAGAGUGAUCAAGCAUUGGAACAGACUCCCAGUGAAGUGGUGGAGUCCCAGUCUCCACAGAUACGGUUAUGGCGCCAAGGAAGAUGGGUUAGUGAUGAGACUUGGUGAUCUCAAAAGUUUUUCCAACCUGUGGUUCUAUCUUACUUCUUUCUAUAAUUACAUCAAAGAAACAUGGGAAGACAGUAUCUUUUCAGCUAUUGGAUGAUGCUGUUGGAAGAAAAAUUGUACCUAAAACAACACUAUGAACAUAUGAAAAUUACUUUUUUAACCAUCAGAGAAGAUUCUGUUUCAAAUAUCCAGUAGUUCUAGUGGAUGAGGUUUGUUAGUUUACAAGUGAGAUUAGACACUACUGCCUGAAAAAACAAGGUAACAAAUUUACUAACUUAAUAAUGUUUUCCAGUCUUCUUCUUACUAAAAAAUGGAAUUUGUCCCAGUAGCACAUUGAUGGAGUUAGUAGUUUGGGAGUGAGUAUGAACUGUAAGUCUUCAAUGGGUUUAUUAAUAUAGACAGCCAAUUUGGAGACGGUUCUGCGAGCAGUUUCAGCCUAGCAAAAGAGUAUUGUUACUUUUUUUCACUUUAUCAAAUUCUGCAAGCCAUAUAGUUAGAAAUUACAGCCUUAUUUUUUGUAUUUCCAGUAUUCACAAGGAUACAUUGUGAAUAUGAAAGUGAGCUUUUACAAAUAGUUAAGAAGUGUGAAGACCACAAAACGUGUAAGGAGCUUUCAGCUGUUGUAUCACUUACUCUAAAGCAUUUUUUGGCAAACGGUGGGUAGUGCUGAAGUGAAAGUAUUUUUGUGAACGGUGUUGAUGGUUGUUUCCAUUGGAGUUAUUGCUGACUUGAAGGUGUGUUUACAGACAGCUCUCCUUGAAACCAGGUACACAUUAUGCAUUUGUAUACAUUUUACAGUACAGAUUUCUGUACUGUCACAGUAUGUACAGGAGGACUCCAGAUUUCUCCUGAGAUAACCCACUAGCGCACUUGAAUAACACCACUUUCUUUUAGUAAUUGAGCUUGAAGUUUCUCAGUCUUUUCAGGACAGAGUUAGCUCAGCCACACACACAAUCAACUACUACUGCAGAAUAUGGGUGUUCCCAGCUGUUGUUUUGUAUUUCCUUGGCCCACACCUCCCUCCCUUAUCCUUUGCUGCUCUCUUUUCUCAUUAUCCACCUCUGUGUGAAUGUUCCUGCCACUGGCCCACGCACACACCAGGCAAUCAGGCCAUGCCCAGGAGAUCCCUGGGCAAUGCCAGCACACGUGGGGUGGCCACCUCAGGCCUCAGCUCCUCCAGCUGUGGCAGAUCCCCUUUUCUCAGCAAAAGUGGCCUGCAUUCCUCCACCAUAGCAUGGGCACUCUUCUGAAUAAAAGCCUCCUUUUAACACAUUGUUAAAUGUCUACAGUAAAUGAGUAACUUGGAGUUCUCUUACAGUUACCACAGAACGGCUUAGGUUGAAAGGAAACUUAAAGAUCAUCUGGUUCCAAAUCUCUGCUAUGGGCAGGGCUUCACCCCUCAAGAUCAGGCUGCUCAGGCCCCAUCCAAUCCGGCCUGGCACACGCAAGACACCCACAGACUCUCUAGGCAGCCUCGCUGCCCUCUUAGUAAAGAAUUUCCUCCUAACAUCUAGCCCAAACCUCCUCUCUUUUAGUUUAAAGGCAUUCCUCCUAGUCCCAUCACUGUCUGCCCGGGUAAAAAGUCAGUCCCCCUCCUGCUUGUAUGCCCCCUUCACGUUCUGGAAGGCCGCAAUGAGGCCUCCCGCAGCCUUCUCUUCCACACGAGGAAUGUUAUCCUUGGGCCUCCCCGCCCUCCCGAAGCCCUGCGUAAAGCACCGACAAGGCGCCCGACCAGCGCCGGUCCCUGCAGGCCGUCCCCACUGCGGGCCGGGCCCGCCGGAGGGCAGAGCGCGAAGGGGGAGGCGGCGCGGAGCGAGGGGCGGGCACUGCCGGGGCCGCGUCCCUGGCGUGUGAGCAUGCUGCGGCGGGGGGAGGGCGUCCUCGGCCGGGCCGGGGGAGGUUCGGGCUGAACUUAGGGACGGGAAGAAAGGAAGAGAGAGCGCUGCCGGAAGCGGCGGAGCGGCGGCUCGGGGAGCCCCGCGGGCAGCAUGUAGCUGGGUGACAGCGGGCAGACAGCCGCCGCCUGUCCCGCCGGGCCGGGAGCCCCUCCGCAGCGCUCGGCUCCUCCGUCUCUCGUCGCGGCUCUCCGCCGGCCGCCCGCCCGCCGCUGUCAUGGGGCUGCCCACGCUGGAGUUCAGCGACUCGUACUUGGACAGCCCGGAUUUCAGGGAGCGCCUGAAGUGUCACGAGAUCGAGCUGGAGAGGACCAACAAGUUCAUCAAGGAGCUGAUCAAGGACGGCAGCCUCCUCAUCGGGGCCCUGCGGAAUUUAUCCAUGGCAGUGCAAAAAUUUUCACAGUCCUUACAAGAUUUCCAGUUUGAGUGUAUUGGAGAUGCUGAAACUGAUGAUGAAAUUAAUAUUGCUCAGUCACUGAAAGAGUUUGCACGGCUCCUGAUUGCUGUAGAAGAGGAAAGGAGACGACUGAUCCAGAAUGCGAAUGAUGUGCUCAUAGCACCACUGGAGAAGUUCCGUAAAGAACAAAUAGGAGCAGCAAAAGAUGGAAAGAAGAAAUUUGACAAGGAAAGUGAGAAAUAUUACUCUAUCCUAGAGAAGCACUUAAAUUUAUCAGCAAAGAAGAAGGAAUCUCAUUUGCAAGAUGCAGAUACACAGAUUGACAGAGAGCAUCAAAACUUUUAUGAAGCAUCAUUGGAAUAUGUUUUUAAAAUUCAAGAAGUACAAGAGAAAAAGAAAUUUGAAUUUGUUGAACCUCUUUUGGCCUUUCUUCAAGGAUUAUUUACAUUUUACCAUGAAGGAUAUGAACUGGCUCAGGAGUUUGCACCAUACAAGCAGCAGCUUCAAUUCAAUUUGCAGAAUACCCGGAAUAACUUUGAGAGCACGAGGCAGGAAGUGGAGAGACUCAUGCAAAGAAUGAAGUCAGCCAACCAAGAUUACAGACCACCAAGUCAAUGGACAAUGGAAGGCUAUCUCUAUGUGCAGGAAAAAAGACCACUUGGAUUUACGUGGAUAAAACAUUACUGCACUUACGAUAAAGGAACAAAAACAUUUACAAUGAGUAUAGCCGAAACUAAAUCUGGUGGAAAAGUGAAUGGCCUUGUCACAAGCUCACCAGAAAUAUUCAAGCUGAAAUCUUGUAUCAGGAGAAAGACAGACUCAAUUGACAAACGCUUCUGUUUCGAUAUCGAAGUAUUUGAGAGACCUGGAAUCAUCACACUACAAGCUUUUUCAGAAUCCAACAGAAAACUGUGGCUCGAAGCUAUGGAUGGAAAGGAACCAAUCUACACACUGCCAGCCAUUAUUAGCAAGAAGGAAGAAAUGUUCUUAAAUGAAGCAGGUUUCAACUUCGUGAGGAAAUGUAUCCAUGCUGUAGAAACAAGAGGCAUUACCAUCCUGGGACUGUACAGAAUAGGUGGUGUAAACUCCAAAGUGCAAAAGCUGAUGAAUACCAUAUUUUCCCCUAAAUCUCCUCCUGAUAUGGAUAUUGAUAUGGAGAUCUGGGACAAUAAAACAAUAACUAGCGGACUUAAAAACUACCUCAGGUGUCUUUCAGAACCGCUGAUGACAUUUAAGCUGCACAAAGAUUUCAUUGUUGCUGUUAAAUCAGAUGAUCAGAACUACAGAGUUGAAGCAGUGCAUGCACUUGUACAUAAAUUACCAGAGAAGAACAGAGAGAUGCUGGACAUCCUUAUCAAGCACUUGGUCAAGGUAUCAUUACACAGUCAGCAAAACCUUAUGACAGUAUCCAACCUUGGUGUUAUCUUUGGACCCACUCUGAUGAGAGCCCAAGAAGAAACUGUGGCUGCUAUGAUGAACAUUAAGUUUCAGAAUAUCGUCGUUGAAAUUCUUAUAGAACAUUACGAAAAGAUAUUUCACACUGCACCAGACCCCAAUAUUCCUCUUCCCCAACCUCAGUCCCGUUCAAGUUCAAGAAGGACAAGAGCAAUUUGUCUUUCCACAGGUCCUCGUAAGCCCAAAGGAAGAUACACACCGUGUCUAGCAGAUCCUGACAGUGACUCGUACAGCAGUAGCCCAGAUAGCACACCCAUGGGCAGCAUCGAAUCUCUCUCCUCUCACUCCUCUGAGCAGAACAGCACCACCAAAUGUGUGCCCUCUCAGCCCAGGGAGAAGUCAGGAGGGAUUCCAUGGAUUGCCUCUCCCCCUUCUUCAAAUGGCCAGAAGAGUUCAGGCCUCUGGACCACAAGUCCAGAAUCCUCAUCAAAGGAGGAUGCAACAAAAACAGACAUGGAGUCAGACUGCCAAAGUAUAGCUUCUGUCACUGGACCAGAGAAUGCCUCUCCACCAAUAGAUCUGACUAAGAAGAGUUCCUAUAGUCUGUCUGGCCUGAAAAGAUCUUCAGGUUCUUCCCUCAGAUCAAUUCCAUCAGCUGAAGGUAACAAAAGUUGCAGUGGAUCUAUACAGAGCUUGUCUUCAACAGAUACAAAAGAUACACCAAAGGCUCCACUAAAUCCUGAUUUGCCUCCCAAAAUGUGCAGAAGAUUAAGACUAGAUACUGCAUCAAGUAAUGGCUAUCAAAGACCAGGAUCUGUAGUGGCUGCAAGAGCCCAGUUGUUUGAAAGUGCUGGUUCAUUUAAACAAGUUUCUUCAGGACGACAAGCAAAAGCCAUGUAUUCCUGUAAGGCUGAGCACAGUCAUGAGCUGUCUUUCCCACAGGGGGCAAUAUUUUCCAAUGUGUAUCCAUCAGUGGAACCAGGCUGGUUAAAAGCAACUUAUGAAGGCAAAACAGGACUCGUUCCUGAGAAUUAUGUUGUCUUCCUCUAGUAAUCUUUAGUGGACAGCAAUAUCUUCAUGGUAUCCAUGGUAACAAAUAAUAAGCACUCUGAUUUUUUAUCUGACACAGAUAUGGGAUCAGCCCGUUAGCUGAUUGUAGUAGAUUUCCUUCAGAUAUUGCAGCUGCAGGUUACAUGGCUCCCUAUCAACAGAACAGAAUGUAAUGAAACAGUUAACAGUUACUGUACUGAAGACGGUACUCUGUUUAAAUAACUUCCAUUGUUUGCAAAAGGUUGUUCUGUUCUUCUUUUAUGGGUAAGGAACACUAGAGCAAUAAAAUCAAAAAAGUUGCCAUUUAGCUGCAGACCUUCAGGUCCUAGGAUGUUGCUCACAGAAGUGUGAAGUUUAGAGGGAAUGCACCCUAUGACAUUUCUUGGAAUCAAUAUUUUUUAAUAUGAAAAUGUUCAUAAUAUAAGUGAUGCCUUGUGUUCUGAAUACUUCCUUACAAAAUUUGAUUCUGAGAUAAGUCCUAAUCAUUUCAAAUAAGAAACGCUUCUUCCAUAAAUCGGAAGUUUGAAUGUCUGUUAGUCAUUGAGAUCACAAUAUGUUAUAGAAUGUAUGUAACUGGUAGUGAAAUCAGAUUACUGUCUGAGCAGUAAAUGCUCAUUCAAAAUGUGAUGUUUAAUGAAUGUUUCAUUCAAUUACUUCUUAGAUUUAUUUCCUCCUUUCUUUGUGAAUAUAAAUAACAAUAACUUGUAUUUCCGUGUUACCAGCCAGGUGGGAGAUAAUCUCAGUGUAUCUCAGAGCACCAGUUGUAGGAAACAAGGAGAUACUGAGUCUGGAAUGAUUGAUAGAUACCGAAUGAGUGAUAAAAAAGUGCGAUAGGUUUUUAAACGAGACAUGAAGUGUAACUGAGUCCUUUUCAAGUUUUUCCAUUGUGAAUAAGACAAUACCUGUGAAGUAGCAGAUUUUAUAAGCUCUGGAUGCCAAAAGCUCCAUAUAGCAAUAAAAGUAUUCAGCAUAUUUGGCAAAUAUUUCCCCCAUUCCACAUAAAAAUAACUAGCUAAUGCCGUUUUUGUAAAUGCCUGUCGUUUGCUACUGGAGGGACUGGAAGAAAAAAAAAGAAAACAACCCCAAAUCAGAAAAUAUAACCAGCUUUCUAAACUGGAGCCUCUUUCUUGCACACCUGGAUAGGAAAACAUGCAGUGCUUAGUUGUCUUGUUACUGUGCCCUACUGAGUAACAAGAGACUUAGGCACUACAUGAGCAAUUUUUCAAUGUUAGUGGUACAGAAGGAACUCACUGUUUCAUAGUUAACCCAGCCUUCGUUCUUUGUACAGUAAGAGUAAGCAACAUAUAAACCUUCUAUUAAUUUCUAAGGUGUAAACUGCUUUCAGAAAGUUUAAGAACUGUUAUGACUAAAACCAGCAGUAAUCUACUGAUGGCUUCUUUUUUUUCCGUAGCCUUUUUUAGAAUUUUAUCUAGAAAAUAGAUUUACUGCCAACAUAAAGAAGUGCACAUACAUAGAGCAUGACUUUUGCAGAGCAAUUCUUUGUUGAAAUUCAGGCUGAUGGCAGAAGCCUGCAGGACGCUUCUGCUGGUGAAAGUAUUAGUGGUGCUACAGAAAGGGGAGAGCCUAGAGGAGCAUCUUUCUGCUGUUUCAGAUGGGAAGUCUGUGACAUUAUCCAAGGUAGAGUGAGUAAAACUGACUGCAGGCAGUUGAGGACAAGCUGCUUGAAUUGGUGACAGACUGAUCUGGGUCCUUUCCUCACUCUAAGAAGCUUCAAAGGUGAGGGUCAGGUUGGGUAUCAGGAAGAGGAUCUGCACCAGAGGGUGGUGGGCAUGGAACAGGCUGCCCAGGGCUGUGGGCACUGCCCCGAGCUGCUGGAGUUCAAAGAGCAUUCGGACAGCACUCUCAGACAUAUAGUCUGAUUUUUGGGUGGUCCUGUGCAGAGCCACAGGUUGGACUCAGUGAUCCUUGUGGCUCCCUUCCACCUCAGGAGACUCUAUGGUUUUAUGAUUAGGUCCCAAAGCUGUGUUCAGUACAUGCUGAUGAAGUGUUCAUCACAGGCAGUGGAAGCAAAGACAUGGGCUCAUUGCAUUUACCCAGAGCAGAUGUGAAAGGAAGUGAGAAUGAUUCUAUGAUUCUGUGAUUCUGACUCUUCUCAUCAGUCUGAGUCUUUCUUGAUUUUAAAGCAAGCCAGAAUUUCUUUUUCUAACGUACUCCUGCAGCUUUCUCUGCCCUGAGAUGAUCAAAAUGGGUUUGGUUGUGUCUUUGCUUUAUUUCACAAUCCAAAAAUUGCAAGGUGUCAGAAAGCUUACUGCUGGGGAGCUGCCCAGGAGCAGUGCUGCUGAGGAGAAAAGGAGUGGGGAGGGAGACAGCUGCAAGCAGAGACACGAGGCCUUGCAUGUGUAUCACCUGUGUGGAGAAAUGUGGGUCUGUCAGUUGUAGCAGGCAGACUGGCCUCUGUUGAACAUCGUGGAGGAAUUUAAUUGUGAAAUUCUUGAGAAACAAUGAAAUAGGAAAUUCUUGCUCUUAUUUGCUUUGCUUUAGUCUGUGUAUUUGUUUGGGUGUUCUCAGUAGUAGGUUCUGAAGCAGCUGAUCUGAAUGCAAGCUAGAGGACUCAAAGAUGCUAAGUUCAUAUAAAGCAAAAAUAAAAAUGCAAAGUUCAGUUACAGGGCCUGUAAGCUUUGAGGGAAAGGUUGUGGAAGUAUGGGAGGAAUCCCUGUGGAGGAGAGGUGGUCCGUUCCCAUGCAUUCAUCUCACGUUAGACACGAAAUUCAGCUGCAAAGAUAGCUUCAUAAGAAAGUGGAUUUCAUUAAUUCUAUUGUGCACCAAACAAAUCUGUCUUCUCUUUAAGGCUGGGCACUUUUUCAGGUCCUUCUUCUGAUGAUCACAUAAAUAAUUUGAGAAUAGCUUAGAUUUAAAAUGGCAUUUCUAUCUGAAAAUGUUACAUCCUUUUUUACUUACAGUUAAUAGUGCUGGAUAUUAGGGUUAUUCUGUUUCUUCCUUCACGGUACGUAACAAGCAUUUUCUGUAUCACCACGCUGUGCAUUGUGGAUGCCUCAGCUCUUCUCUGACUUUCCAAGAGGGAGUUUUUCUCCUCAAGAUCUAGAAAGUUGAAUGAUGGUGUUCACAGACUGGAAUGAGAGGCAGCAGCACCGUGAUCAUCGCAUGAUGCCUGGCCAAAUAUUCCUUCUCAUAGCUGUUCAGGAGCAGAAAUCCAUGUAACAUUUAAAUGAAGAUACAAUACUCAGAUAGUGCCUUACCAGAAAAUUAGGUAAG